AUGGAGCCAGAAAUUAUCAACAAUAAUCCAUCAUCUGCUGCUGCUGCUACUCAAGCAUCACCCUCUGCGUCAAUUCUAAAGCCCCUUUCUGUUUCUUUACCAGAAAAACUCAAUGAUGAUAAUUUUCUCACCUGGCGCCAUUCAGCUAUUCUUACAAUUUCAGGUCAAGAACUUCAAGAUCAUCUGGAUCAACAGAAGAUUCCAACAAGAUACGCAUCAGCUGCUGAUGAAAAGGCACAAAAUGAAACAAAGACAUAUAAAGAAUGGAGGCUUGAUGACUACAAUGUCUCUUCCUGGCUUUACUCAUUCCUGGAUCCCUCGUUCAAACAUCGAGUUCUUGGUUGUAUUUUUGCACAUGACAUUUGGAGCCGACUUCACACCCACUUUGCAUCACAAACAAAAGCUCGUAUUAGGCAACUUCAACUGCAAUUGAAAUGGAUCAAGAAGACUGGUCCAGCAUCAGAUUAUCUUCUUCAAAUAAAAAAAGUGGUGGAUGCACUCGUCACUGUUGGAGCUCCUCUAACUGAUGCAGAAUACACCAAUAUCAUUUUAGAUGGAUUAAAUGAAGAUUAUCAGUCAUUCUUGACAUAUGUCACUGCCAAAGAUCCACCCUAUUCCAUUCCAGACCUUGAAGCUCUCUUGAUGGCUCAAGAAGACAUUGUGGAGAGGUUCAAGAAACCAGAACCCUCAAUGAUACAGGUCAAUUUUACUCAAUCCCAACCUUCUACUCAGACUAAUUUUGAUUCUGCCUAUGCAAGAAACACACCGCCUACACCUAAUAAAGGCACUUAUGGUCGACGAGGGCGUGGAGGAAGAAUAAAUCGUGGAGGAAGAGGUUCUUGGAACUCAAAUCGGCCACAAUGUCAAAUUUGUGGCAAGUUGGGGGCAUAUUGCUAG